AUGCAACUCACAACUCUCCUUACGGGCCUCAUCUCCGUCCUGUCUGUCACCACCGCCAUCCCAAUGGGAAGCGAGAGCCCAACUCCUACAUCCUCCGUGUCCAAGUCUCUCAUCGCGCACUCGAGCUCUGCCUCUGUCUCAGCUUCACCUACCCCUUCGCCCAACCCCUACGAGGCCUACACAUGUCCCAAGGAUAAGUUCAAGGCCUGCUGCAUGUCUGUGCAGCAGACGGGCAAGGACAUCGUUAAGCAGCUCGGCGAUUUGGUCCCGGUCCUCAGCGGGCUGCAGGUUAGCUCGGCUAUCUCUUUCCAGUGCAAGAACAUGACCGAACGGGAAGCUCCGGAUAGCUGCAACGGGCAAGGUUAUACCCCCAUGUGUUGCAAUACCAAGGUUGAGGACACCGGAUUCAACACUUGCAAGCCUUUUGAGGAUGUCAAGAAGGCUUACUACAUGAACAAUAUGAAGGAUAUACCAGAGAGCCAGGCUGAUAUGAUCAUGGAUAUUCUCACUUGA